UUGCUUGCUUGCUGCUCGGUUGACGAGUUCGGUCUGCGACACUUGUAAUUAAAUUACUUACAUUUACGCUUUUAAGCUAUAAAACAUCCAAAAAUGGUAGUCAAAGCUGUAUGCGUUAUCAAUGGCGACGCCAAGGGUACAGUUUUCUUCGAACAGGAGUCGGACGGUUGCCCGGUGAAAGUUACCGGAGAAGUAACCGGCUUAGCGAAGGGUCAGCAUGGCUUCCAUGUGCAUGAGUUUGGCGACAACACCAACGGUUGCAUGUCCUCUGGACCGCAUUUUAAUCCAUACCAGAAGGAACACGGCGCUCCGAAUGAUGAGAAUCGUCAUUUGGGUGACCUGGGCAACAUAAUCGCCAGUGGCGAUGGUCCCACUCCGGUUGACAUAUGUGAUUGCAAAAUAACAUUAUUUGGAGCCAAUAGCAUUAUCGGACGCACUGUUGUGGUGCACGCUGAUCCCGAUGACCUCGGCAAAGGUGGCCAUGAGCUUAGCAAGACAACUGGAAACGCUGGUGCUCGCAUUGGAUGCGGUGUAAUUGGUAUUGCGAAAAUAUAAACACAUGUAGAGCAUUUCAAUAAAAUGCACAUAUAAAUAGACAUAUGCUUAUGUGGAAUUUAGUCUUACGAAUGGAAUAUAAUUUCGGUUUGAACUUUCUAUUGGAUGUAUACAAGCAUAAAAAGAGAUUUUCCUUAAUGUAGUAAUUGCUAUAUAAUAAACUUGAAGAAAAUAAAUGGGGUUAUCAAAUUAAACUU